AGCGGUUAUCAUUCUCCAGACUACGUUCACUUAUUCUCUCGCAGUUGAGAUAAAUGGCUCUUCAAAACCUCCCCAACGAACUGCUCUUCCUGAUUGCAUCUAAUCUGAAAACAGAAGCAGACAUCAACUCCUUAUCUCAAGUCAACCAUGGCGUCCAUACCACUAUAGACCCCUAUCUUUAUGAGCAGAACAGGCUCAAACUUUUACUAGACCACACCGCUUCAACGUCAUCGGAUUUCACACUCUCUGCCAUCAGACAAACAUAUUCGGGAUGGACACCGUUGCUUUUGGCCGCUACGUAUGGACAUGCAGAGGUUGCACGCCUCUUGCUUGACAACGGCAUGGACCCUAAUGCCUCUGAUUCGAGUUUCAGACCGCCCCUUUACAUGGCCUGUCUGGAAGGACAUGCUGCUGUUGUUAACGUUCUACUUGAAAACCCCAACACACGUGUCAAUCCAUUGGAUAAAUCAGACUACAUCCCUUUUUACGAAGCAGUAUUUAGGGGGAAUGUUGGGAUUGCGGCAGCACUGCUGGCCCAUGGAGCGCAUGUCAGUCCGACGGAGGAAGAGGGAUGGACACCUCUUCACAGUCUGGUGAGAUUACUAGUAGGGAGACAGGAGGUGAAUCCAAAUGCGCUGUAUGGGCAAGGCACUGCAUUGCAAUGGGCAAUUGAAUGUGAUUGCGAGGACAUGAUUUUUACCUUUUCGGAGAAUGGCGAAACACUCUUACUCCAAACACUGAUUAAGGGAAAUGACAAAAUGGCCAAGGUUUUUCUCGAUGCCGAGGCAAAUCCCAAUAUCGCAUCUCGAACGUGGCUGACACCAGCUAUGUUACUAGAGGCCCCGAGUAAGGAAGCUCGGCAGGGAUUAGUGCAGCAGUAUCAUUUGUCUGAAGAUUGA